AUGCCGCUGCGCAAACGCUUGAAGAGUAUAGCUGCCGACGGCCAGGUAGCAAAAGCCGACGAGAAGAAGGGCAAGCGACAAAGGCUUGCUGAUUUCUUCAGGUCGAGAAAGCAAAAGAAAGCAGAGGACAGCGACAAGGAGGCUGCUGCUGCAUCUCUAAUGGCGCCCUUUGUCUCAAAGAUACCUGUCGCUGUCAAGAGAGAUGGCCCUGCAAAACCGCCUCGAGACUCCAAGAUUGCCGAAUCUACAAGACCCGCCAAGUCGAGCAGUUCCAUCGAUGUCCAACGCUCUGGCGCUGGGGCGGACGAGGCACCGCUGCCCACGCCCCCACCAGAGCCAACGCCGUCGGCAGAAACCGAAAAGGCAGAGCCGCCGAACGUAGACAACCUCAGCGAGGAACAUAUACACUCUCUUUUCUCGGGUGCACCCAACUUCUUCGUUCAGAAAAUGGACAAGCACGCUGUUCCCAGGGUAUCUUACCCAUGGGACGCUGACUUGCAUAUCAAGGAUGUGUCGGAUUCUGUGCAACUCGCGGAGCCCGCCUUCUCUACUGCGACACUUCACAGACAACUGCCCGCAUUACAGCAGUCGUUGGACCAGGAUAAACCAUACCAAGGCUAUCAUGUAGACGUAGUGGAGGUGCCGAGCAUGCUGAGUGCCCAGGGCAUCGAGCCUGGAACCAUCGGAUUCGCACACUUCCUCGAGCUGCCGCAGUCCGACCAUCUCAUCACGGAUCUCCAGCAAUCACAGACGAGCAAUGUAUAUCUAGAGGGAAUGAGAAAUAAGCAGCUGAUGCAGCAGAACCCGGAGAGACUUGGUAUCAGACCUGUCGAUAUGGCAAUGGUACACGACCGUCUUGUCGAGCUCGGUGAUCUGAUGGAGGCAUUCCAUGACGGCCCCGAACGAAUGACAAUUCUCAAUAACCAAGCUCCUGGGGAUCUGUACGCGAGCCUGUUCGGGAAGUUUCUUACACCACCAGGGUAUGACAGCACUGCGGAUGAUCCCACUGGUAUGAAGGUUCAGAUCGACACGCUGCUCAAGAUCCUCCGCCUGAAAGGAGUGUGGUUCGACUUUAGUCUGGUCGAAUGGCGGAUACGACUUGGCCAGCUCCUGUGGAGCGAGUCCGAAAUUGAAGUCGAGUCUGACACGCAACUAUUGUGGACAGAGCGAGAUAUCCUGCUUCUGCAAAUCACUUUAGCCUGCGAGCUGCUGCUUCGCCUGGACGCCAUAUCAAGCAUGGAAAUCGAUGACGUCAAACGCGAGCUGCAUGUCAGUCCUCAGGACUUCCAGGGUUUUUUGAAACUUAAGACGCGCAAAACGGACUGGGAUCUUGUCUUGGCGCGACGAUUUCUGGGGAAUAUCCUGGUUCUCAAAGAAUAUAAUGCAGGGCCUUCUGCGCCGGACUCCAAGUCCAAAGGAUUGUUCUCACUUCUUGGUUCGAGUGCACCAAAAGAUGAAGUCAGGUCCGACAUAGUUCUGCUUCCACAACAUCAAGCUCGACAGCUCUCUGGACUCCUACAUUUUGCAAAAACAGUACAAUGGCCUGGUAUUGAUUCGAUAGUCGCCGAGUUGGCCCAGAAGAUAACCACUCCAGAAGUUGCUCCAACGCCCGAUCAGGCGUUGCCGUGUACUGAAAGAGUAUUGGACCCAAGCACUCCUGCAUCUAUCAGCGUUUAUGGAACACCUCUGGCAACGCCGCGCUCCAAUACUUUGUUGGAUAGCUACUUUGGUAACCUACAAAGGCCAUCGCUAAACCGCAAUGAUUCCCGAUCGCUCCAGGUUCCACUUUCAACAACACUACUUGCACAAGCUGAUAGCCCAGAACACGCCAUCAAUGUCGGAGGUUGGCUGAGCCGUUCUUACCUGACCGGGCUUAUUUUACCAGGAGAAGGUAUCUCGCACUUCCUCAUAUCCACCCUACUGGAAAACGACAAGCUAGCCAUUGCCGCUCUUGGCGAUUCCGCAAACUUGUACGGUGGCUUCGUAUAUGCGGAAAGGACAUGGUGGAGUAAGACUUCGGUUGUUGCUCGCGUGAUGGGCUGUGUGGACGGCGCUGUCGAAUGCAUGGGUUGGAUCAGCUUUUCCAAGCUGCCAGUUGAUUCUGCUGAUGGUUGGUACGCCGUUAACAGCACUCAGCUACGUCCCGAAGAGCCAUCUCGAACCGCACACCAAGAGGACCUUGUGAUGUUGCAAUCCGCUGUUAUUCCCAAUCUUGAUGAAUCAGCGGUGAAGGCAGAGGAUCUCACCAUGCCUCGCGAUGCCGCGACCCCGCCUAUCCCAGCUGUCGAGUUUUCAUCAUGGAUUUUGACCCCUGUCAACGCAGAGCUGCGAGAUAGCGACGCCGUUUCCACCCUAACCGCCGAGGCGGAAUCCCACGUGGCCUCGGUCACCUUCACGUCGCUGGCGCGCAGUACGCAUACUUUGACAUUAAUUCAUGACGUACAGUUCGUCACUUCCUGGCCAUGCAUCCCACCCUCAGCUUCUCCAGCCCCUAGCGUCCCUCGAAUGCUGAAGCGCUCGCAGACCGCGUCACUCUCCCGCACAUCGUCCAAACGCAGCAUCCACAGCAGCCGAACCGGUAGCAAUAGAUCCUCGCAACUCAUCCGCCGCAACUCUCAUGGAUUCGAGCCGUUGCUCUCGCAUCCGCCGGAUUCGCCAAGCAUCGCGCCGACCCGUAUGUAUUUUGCCGUAUCAGACGAAGAUCCGAAUUCAACAUUGUCACCCAAGUUAGAGCCGGUGAAUGCGCACCCACUACACACAUCUCACAAGUACAAAAUUGUGCCGGCGACGGAUGUUCUUGACAAGAAAUUCUCUUUGCCUUUCACAUCGCACGUGCACACGUCACUGGCACCAUCAGCACCAAACUCGCCCGGAGAAGAAAAGGAAGAUGUUGUUCCCACAGGCGAAGAGGGCAUUGUGCUCGUACUGGACGCUCGGGCCUCGAACGACCUUGAGUUGCUUACUCGUUCAUGGUGUGCAGAGAAAGGCUUCCACGCGGUCGUUGGGCGAGUCGGUCGCACUUGUCUCGCGUGCUGCAUUCGCGAGGCAAAAGGUUUGGGGAUCAACAUUGUUAUCCGGGUCUGA